CAAGCAUAGACGCCUCAAGAAUAGUCAUCCACAAGACAAGCGCAGUUGUUCUUUUUCCAAAUUCAAAUUUUCUUUUUUCUUUGAAGCAGUUUAAACGGCCAGUGCUAUGCAGACUUUUUGGUGAAUUUCGAAAUUCAUAAUUGGAACUUCUUUUUUUUCUACAGUCUCAGUGGGAACACAAAAGUGUAGCGAGAUUGUAGGCAAAUGAUGUGUAAAUAGAAGCGAUGGCCCGAAUGUUUCGUUUAAUUGUGUUGAGUUAUGUUGGACUUGUCGUGUUUGUGUUGGUUAACUUCGGCCCCAACUCUGACGUGGAGGCAAAUCAGCAUAGAGCAAAGAGAUAUUUGGCCUUUUUGAAUAUCUCGCGCUUUUAUAUACGUCUAAACACGAAAGCAGCCAUGGUGCCCUGGACGCAGAUCUUCACCCAGGCGGUCGGGUUCCGAGUGAACUGGGACGAGGCUCCGGACACGUUCCGUCCGUACAAGCACCUCGUGCACCGCCGUGACUUGUAUACCCCGCUGCAGAUGCUGCUUGAUAGAAACGGUAUAAGCGGCUUUCACUGCAUUCGCCGAGCAAUAUGCGAAUUGGACGCCCACUCCAGACCACCGCGCGUCUACCAUAAAAUAUUGAAAAUUAUAUUCAGGUAUACAUCUCCAGCCACAGAUCGAUGGCACAACAGAAGCGGGGCAGACUGCCAAGAAUCUAUGCACUCCUGUCCAUUCUCUAUACUCGAAGCAUCAAUGUACACUGAUCUUUAGGAAUGUGAUAAAAUUGACAAUAUCGAAUAAAAUUCUU